AUGUGCGUGGGGGCUUGGCGGCUGGGGCCCUGCUCAGCCCUCCUAUUCCUGGGGCUUGUGCUCAGCGCCGCAGCCCAGCUGGACUGUGUCGGGGACACCUACCCCUAUGGUGGUAGGUGCUGUCGUGAGUGCCAGCCAGGGAGCGGGAUGGUGAGCCGCUGCGACCACACCCGGGACACUGAGUGCCAACCGUGUGAGCCUGGCUUCUACAAUGAGGCAGUCAACUACCAGACCUGCAAGCAGUGCACGCAGUGCAACCAGAGAAGUGGGAGUGAACCCAAGCAGACAUGCACGGCCACACAGGACACUGUCUGCCACUGCAGGCCAGGCACCCAGCCGCUGGAUGGCUACAAGCGUGGAGUUGACUGUGCCCCCUGCCCUCCAGGCCACUUCUCUCUGGGCAGCAACCAGGCCUGCAAGCCCUGGACCAACUGCUCCUUGGCUGGGAAACGCACCCUGCGACCCGCCAGCAACAGCUCUGAUGCUGUCUGUGAGGACACGAUCCCCCCGGCCACACGGCCCUGGGAGACCCAGGCCCCCUCCACCAGGCCUGCCACGGCCCAGCCCACUACAACCAGGCCCAGGACUUCACAGGGCCCCUCCAUACCCCCCUCAGAGGCCCCCAGAGGCCCUGCACUCACUGCAGCCCUGGGCCUGGGCCUGGGCCUAGGCCUGCUGGCUCCCCUGGCCACCCUGCUGGCUCUGUACCUCUAUCGAAGGGCCUGGAGGCCGCCCACCCACAUCCCCAAGCCCCCUGGGGGAAACAGCUUCCGGACCCCCAUCCAAGAGGAGCAGCCGGAUGCGCACUGCGCCCUGGCGAAGAUCUGA